CACCGUGUGCAGGCUGAAGCGGGCGGGCUUUUGCACUCGGUCUGCGUUCAGUCAGAGCUGUAUAAAAGCAGCGCGCGAGCAGUCCCCUGGUACCUUCCACAUCAACUCAUUCACGAACUGAGUGAAGCGAUAUUUCUAACGGACUUUCGGGCUCUUUAAAGAUACUCUUGAAGAAAAUGGAUCCUUGCGACUGCGCCAAGACUGGAACUUGCAACUGUGGUGCCACCUGCAAGUGCACUAACUGCCAGUGUACAACCUGCAAGAAGAGUUGCUGUACCUGCUGCCCGUCUGGUUGCAGCAAAUGUGCCUCUGGAUGCAUCUGUAAGGGCAAUUCCUGCGGCUCCAGCUGCUGUCAAUGAGGUCAACGUGAUGUUUUGCCACAACAAUGUGAAUUUUGUUCGUCUGUCAUCGUACUUGUCAUCGUUUUGCAUCGCAUGAAUGUUUGUUUUCUAUGAGAUGAUGGUAAUAAAUGACCUCCAGUUCUAUCCAAAUCUUCUGACUGUUUAAUGUUGCUAAAUCGUUUAACAAAGAGGGAAAACAAUGCAUUGAUUAGUAUUUCUACAACCAUCACAAGAUGUCUGCUCUUUAUAAAGACAAUUGUAAGUUUUUCUAUGUAUCUUGUCUACAAAAUAUAAAUGUCAGCAUUUA